UCAUUCCUUGCUGAGUUCUUUGUACCGAGCUGCGUGCGCUUCAUGUGGUACUAGCAGGAACAGAGGUCAGGUCUCAAGCCGGGCGCUCAAGGAGCAAUAGGAGACCUAUUAAAAGUUUUAGAUGAUCGAGAGUGCCCAGUGUAGGUCACCGGCUGGCCCAGGGCAAGGUGGGAUUUUUCUCCGGAUGAGAGGCACCAGGGGACCCGAGCGCCGGGGAUAUCCAGGGUGCCGGUGAUAGUGCGCAUCCACCGGGAGCAGCGGUGGGCGGCAGGCGGACGUGCUCAGGGCGCGUUCCGUCCCCUACUCAUGACAAAGCGGGUGAGGAACUCGGGAGCAAGUUUCCCCCGGGAGUCAAAAUGAUCACGUCGUUUUUCCCCUUGAAGAAACUGCGGCGAAAUGGCAAAUAUCUCCUGUUCGGUGCGAUCCUGCUGGCGGGAUUGGUGGCCGUGUACCACGAGAUGGUUGCUGCAAAAGAAUGGAGGAGUGAUAUGAGUUCAAUUACUGACGCUGACCACGUCAGCUGGAGGAGAGACGUGUUUGAAAAUAGGGCAAAAAAGGACCAUCAGCCAAACACUGUUGGGGACAGCAGUGCUUGGGUCUCCAGUUAUGCUCCACAACCUUGGAAACCAGAGUAUAAGGGACAGGCCAAUCUGCAUGUGUUUGAGGACUGGUGUGGCAGUUCAACGGCCGAUCUUCGCAAAAACCUGCAUUACCCGCUUUACCCUCAUUCCAGAACCACAGUGGAGAAGCUGGCCGUCUCUCCUCAGUGGACCAACUAUGGGCUCAGAAUAUUUGGCUAUCUUCAUCCACAUACUGAUGGAGAUUUUGUGUUUGCUGUGAGCUCUGACGACAACUCUGAAUUCUGGCUGAGCACAGAUGACUCUCCCCUUAAUUUGAAGUUAAUUGCGUGGGUUGGAAUGACGGGAAAAGAAUGGACGGCCCCGGGUGAGUUUGAGAAGUAUUCCAGUCAGACCUCCAGACCAGUUUGGCUGUCUGCUCAGAGGAGAUACUUUUUUGAAGUUAUUCACAAGCAAAACGACGAAGGGACUGACCACGUGGAGGUGGCAUGGCUGCAAUUGGACUAUAGCAGUCUGUUUAAGGUUAUUGACUCCAAGUACAUCUCCCUCUAUACUAAUGAGUCAGCACUGUCAAUGAAUGAUGUCGCCCACAUACCACAGACAGCUGCAAGCCACCGGCAAACCCCCACAAAGCAGCGCAGUGCUGAUGCAGAUAUGUUAAUUGAAGACCGUCGAGAUUCAUUCUACAAAGUGCGCAUGUUAAACAGCAAGUACCUACAAGGUGUUCUGCCUGACUGCUCAUAUAACCCCUCUUACACAAUCAAAGACUUCCCUUUGCUUCGUUAUCAAGGACUGCAGUUUGUCCACUUGUCCUACAUCUACCCCAAUGACUACACUCGACUAACACACAUGGAGACGCAGACCAGCUGUUUCUACUCUGAGAGCUCUUACUACCUAAAGAGGUUCGGCUUCUCUAGAUACAUGAGAUUUGACCGUCCAGCUACAGAGGAAAAAGUAAAUCCAGACAGAGAUUUUAAUUUCCAGAUGAGGAAUUUUAACCAGGAGGACAAUGACUUUCAUAAAAAAGAAACGGAAACCAAGCCUGCUCAUGAGGAUAAAGCCCAUUAUCAAGACUAUGGAGAUGAUUAUGUACAAAAACGUAGGCGCAAACUCUUCUCCUUGGUUGUCCCAAAAUCAAACAACACAUUGGGCAACUCUUCAGGACUGCACAGAGGCGAGUUGGGGAAGAGGGAACAUAAAGAAAAUUUGUCUCAGCCCCAGUCAGUGCUAAAGCAAGGCUUAAAACAUAACCUGCAACUGAAUCAGACAAAGUUACAAAAAGAGGAGGGGCAAGUUGUAAAAGCAGAACAGCAGAAAAGCAGAAAACGAGUAAAAAGAAAAAGGGUAAAAGCAGCUCAGAGACCAGGACAGAAUAAUCUACCAAUACUGGAUAAUAAAAAAGACCUUAAAGCAAAUCAGCAACCAGUUGUCCAAUCAGAGCAACUUGGCUCUAAACAGGAUCAAAUCCAGAAAUUUGGUAAAACGAAUAAUACCGAAAUCCAGCGACUCAACAACUCACAGCCUGAAAAACCAUCAGUGGCCAAGCAGCGGAGGUUUGUAACCAAACAGAAGGAACUUCAGCUGCCAAACAGCAAGCGUUUUACCCCUCCCAAAAGAGAUUUCAACCACCCAUUAAAAAGAUCAAAUCAAAGGGACUUGGAUGGCAAAAAAAGCCCCAAUGAUAAGGAUAUUGAGCUGAAUAUGCCACAACAACAAGAUUUAGAAAACACCAUUGUUAGAGGUAAGAAGAUUGCUAAAGGGAAUAUUGACAAAAGGUGGUCGGAUAGGAAAGAAGGGGAGGAAGAUGAGCUUUCCAACAGGGCUGAGAAAAGGAAAGACACCACAGAGGGUGAGAAACGCUACUUCUGGGAAAGACAAGAAGACUUUGAAGGUACUGAUGAUGAAGAUCUUACACCUGCACCAGUUUUUGACACUCAAGUCAACUGGAACCAGACCUUCCAAGUCAACCACCUGGAUCUUCAGGCCCAGCGUUCAGAUUGGAUCGACCUGCAGUGCAACAUUUCUGGAAACUUGUUGCUUCACUCCAAUGAUGCUUUGCCAAUAGUCAAGAUGUUCAUGGACCAACUGAAUAAAAAGCAUCAUGGGCGGUUUAAGUUGGUACGUGUGGUUAACAUGGUGAAGCGUGUGGAUGACUUCCAGGGCAGCCGCUACCUUCUUGAACUGGAACUGAAAGAUGUGAAUGGCCAGCUGCUGCGUGUAUCACACUACAUCUAUGCUCUGGUAACCAAUAGCUGGUCCAACGGCUGGGACUCAGACUUCCAACAGUCAAAAUCUAAGACUUUGCUCUGCAACCCGGUGGGCUUCCGCUGGAAUCCUGUUGCCAUGGUCCACUUCAUAGUGCCAGUAAAAAACCAGGCUAGAUGGGUGCAGCAGCUGAUUACUGACAUGGAGGAACUGUUCAAAAUAACUGGAGAUAGUAACUUCAACCUCAUAAUCACUGACUACAAAAGCACUGACAUGGAUGUGAGGAAGGCUCUUGAGAAGUCCUCACUGCCCAGGUACCAGUAUGUGAAGAUGGAUGGGAACUUUGAGCGCUCUGCUGGUCUGCAAGCAGGUAUCGACCUGAUAACUGAUGACCACAGCAUCGUGUUUCUUUGCGACCUCCACAUCCACUUCCCUCCUUCAAUCAUUGAUACCAUCAGGAUGCACUGUGUAGAGGGAUACAUGGCCUUUGCUCCCAUUGUCAUGAGGCUGGGCUGUGGUAAUACACCUUUAGAGGCCAGAGGUUACUGGGAGAUCAAUGGCUUUGGCUUGCUGGGUAUCUAUAAGUCAGAUCUUGACACAGUGGGAGGUAUGAACACCAAGGAAUUCACUGAUCGCUGGGGAGGAGAAGACUGGGAGCUUCUCGACAGAAUCCUUGAGGCAGGUCUAGAAGUGGAGAGGAUCUACUUGAGGAACUUUUUCCACCACUAUCACUCCAAACGUGGCAUGUGGAACCGGCGAAUGUCAACAAGUCCCAGGUGACCUUGUCACCUGCAUUUGCACAAUGACAUCACCACGGUUACAACCAAGGCAACGCGAGCACUUUAAAGCCGGAGGGUGAUUCCUGCUAUGUAAUGGUAAUACCUGCUGACGGUUAGAGAGUAGCACAUGAGCCGGUGCUGUAUUUGCUCACUCAGGCUUUGGGAAGCAGGUGACAGCACUGAAGGUCAUUGCUUAGGAGAUACUACUGAUAUGCUCAGAGUUUAUUUCAUUGAAUAUGCUGUGGACUCCAAAGAGGGUACUGGCUACUGAGUGCCAGUGACUAUAAAAUUCAAUGUAUGAGGAUACCGCCGUGCACAAUGAUGCUGACCAAGAUCAUGAUCUGCACUACUGGCAGGAAGAACAUUUCCUAAUCUGAAGACAAAGCUGGAUUCCAUAUAUGUAAGCUCACAAGUGUCCCUUAUUAUAAACAUUACUCUUGCACAUAGGUCUUAACUAGUGGGAGGGGGGGGGGAUUUUAUUUUAUUUGUGUCCCAAAAUUUCUUUUUACUGUAGAUUGUUUAUAUGAUAAAAACACAGCCUUACUUGUCUUGUUGCAAAUUAGAGAAAGCAUUUUAUUUAUUGAAUAAAUAUUUGUGGUGUUCUUUUUCCCCCCUUUUAUAUUUAAUGCUAGAAAUGUUGAACUUACCUCAGUGCUCUUCCCUGUUUGUUCUCAUUAUGUUUAAGUGUUCUUACUCUGCUGUGACUCGAAGUAAUGAGAACUGUUUUACAGGCAAAUCCGAAAAAGCCUUAAACUGAAAAUAAUAAGUUAAUGUUAAAGUGAUGUUUAAUUGUAGCAUUAAGUUGUUUUUAAGGAAACAAAAAAUAAUGGCUUUAAUUUAGACAGAUUUGUUUUUGUCAAUGCACAGGCAAUUAAUGACCAUAUCAUAUCCACUGUGGAAGUACAUUUUCCACUUUUGCCAGUUCUCCUUACACUGCCACUAACCAAAAAUAACCAAAAUAACCUUUAAUCAUAGCAUUACGUCCUGUGUUUGAUGGUCCCUUUGCUCUACUUUGUCAUCAAUGGAUCAUGCUUCUCCUUAGGUUGUCAUUUCUGACAGCAGAGAAAUUCCUCAAAAUGUGAUUAAUGAGUGAAAAUUCUUGUCGCUUUGUCGCAUUGUUAUGUUGUUAGUUAAUGUUGGAGUAAUGGCAGCAUUUUCUCAUUAACAUUCCAUGUCAGCAAAUGAGUUGUCUUUUAGCGUAAUCUAUAAAAAUGACUGACAGGUGCUGAACUCUUUCACUUGUCAUUCAGGGCAAUGAAGACAGAAGACGAGUUGAAAGUUACAUUUAUAAUUUAUAACACUGCUAAGAGUAGUGUGUUGUGUUUGUUUUUUGGCUUUUCCUUUUGCGAGCAUUGCCUCUUUCUAAAUUUGGUUUGUGAGUUUGCUGGAAUAAUGGAUACUUCCCCCUUUCCUCCUUUACACUCCUUCACAUGACUUAAAGUGCUCUUGUUUUACUUCUAAAAUACCUCAGCACUGUCUUUAUGCUGGGAAUAGGUUCUCCAUUAAUGUUCUGAAGCGUUUUCUCUCAGGGACAGGUUAUUCCAUGUUACGCUGCCUUGACAAAUCUGGCAAAUAAAGUCCUCUUAAAUGUGUUCGUUUGAUUACCGUGUUGUUUUACAUAGCUGAUAUAUACUGAGGUAUACUGUGGACUUGUACCUCAGUUGAGCACUCAAAGAACUUUUUACUGGAAGCUUGAUUCACCCAGUCACACUUAUUCAUGUAGCACUUUUAUCUGCCUAAGAGUUUUCCUAACAUUCCCACACACACUCAUAUAGGUGCAUCAGAAUAGUCUCUGAGUUUAGUGUCUUGCCAAAGGAUACUUCAACAUAUAGGCUGUAGAAAUUUGGGAUCAAACCAUCAACUUUCCAACUAGAAGAUAAACUGCUCUGCCUCUUCAGCCACAACUGCCCCAGGAUGCAAGUAAUGAACUGAGACAACCUUUAAUUAAAAAAAAGAGAGGUAUUCUAGUUAUUGAUUAAAUUACCUUUGGAGAGAAACAAGCUUUAUAGGUGCAUCAUCACUGUUUUCCUCCUUGGUACAUCUCUGCACAUUUUCACAAUAAUCUCAUUGGUAAGUAGUAAUUAUUCUUAAACUCAUUCAGAUAAACUUGAAAGACAUUUGUGUUCCUGCCGGUCGGCAAUCUUAUCAGCCAAUCUAAUGAAUUUAGGCAUAGUUAACUAGCUGAAGUUAAAACCUGGUGAAGGAUGGGAUGUGUUCAUCCACACAAAAUUUCCAUCUCUAUCUCUAGGGUUUACAGACAAUGGUAUGAAAAAUAUAAACUAUCCAGUGAACAGUAGUUCUCUAGGUGGAAAUCCCUUCUUGAUGUCAGAGGUGACAUGAGAAUAGUCAGGGUGCGUCGAUCUGAUAGCUAGGCAAAUGUAGCUCAAAUAACCACUCAUCACAACCAAGGUAUGCAGAAAACAUGUCCUGCUUUUUUUUCCUCAAAGGCACAACAUGUCAAACCUUAAAACAGCAGAAGACUGCAACGGGUGUCACUUCCUAUCAAUUCGAAACAGGAAACUGUGGCUACAGUUGACACAGGCGGAUCAAAAUUAGACAACAGAAGACUAUAAAAACAUUACCUGGUCUGACAAGUCGUAAUUUAAUUCAUGCACGAAUUAAAUCCUGCCUUGUAUCAACAGUUCAGGCUGCUGUAGGUGGUGUGAUGUUAUGGGAGUUCUUUUCUUAGCACACUUUGGGCCCCUUUUUAUCAUCUAAGCAUUGUU